CCAGAGUAAAUUCCCCUUGAGUGUGAGUUCCCUAUUUGUUUUACCUUAUCGGCUUUGCACUGUGAAGCCCCUGCUUAAAUGGGGCCUAUAUAAACGCUGUCACUUCAUGAGAGCUCACAAUAAGAAAAAUCGCAAUGCCUUCUACUUUGAUUCAAUUGCUGGGACUGCUGGCCCUAUUUCUUUUCGCUACCCUGGCUCCAGGAGAUGCUUCCCCCUUCGACGAGAAACGCCGCAGAGGAUGGAAUCCAGGGCCAAGAGCAAUGGGACAGAUUCCCAGAACACCACCUUUCAAUCCAUAUGGAUAGGGCCACAUCUAAAUACCUAAGCCCUUUAUAAAAAUAUAGAAAUAUUCUUAAUCGUUUACAAUUAUAAAA